AACUCUCCUGAUAAGCUACACGACAAUGAGCCUCAGUCUUUAUAAGACAUUUUAAAAAUGUCUGGGACUCUGCUUCUUUCUCCAAUCAAAUCCAUACAAUUUGCCAUUUUAAUUAAUUGAAUUAAAACUUGAAACUAAAACUUACAGCUAGCUAAGUUAGCUUUAAUUGAUACCAUUAACUUUUCCCAAACGAUCAAAAGAAUCAACUAGGAAGUACAAACAGGGAGUGUAAUGAAGAAUGAAUUAUUUCAGGCUCAGUAAAAAUAUAAGCAGUGAGUGUUAUAAAGACUUAUUUCAUUCAGACGUACCAGAAAUACUGUAGGCUACGAUCACCGGAGACCUCCGUUGACCGCAGCGGUAGGUUCAGCUUUGAAUGUCGGCGUGUGAUUGGUAGGCGGUCGGCGAAUCCUACGUUUCCAAUUGGUAGUCUGAAGUCAAACGGAGCGAUUUAAUUGGGGGAGACUACGGUCAGUCGACGAAUCAGAACGCAUAACUGAACGUACACUUUGCACAACGGUAGACUCAGCCUGUGCUUUUAUUUAAAAUCCAAAACAAAACAAAGCAACAGAACUACAGUGGCACACAGAGUUCCUUUCAAAACAAUCCUUUGGAGAGUUUCACAAACGCCAGUAUACAACGAAAAAUCAUUGAGAAAAUGUUUAGCUCCAUUUUUGGACAAAACUUCUUUACAAGACAUCGGUCUUCAGGAGAUAUGGACUCUUCUUCGAAGAAGUCCAAACGAAGGCGUGAGAGACCUUCGUCUCCUGAAGACCUCAACCCUCCCACCAUCUUGAGGGAGCACGGACGAAGGGGUGAGAGACCUUCGUCUAGUGGAGGCACCAACCCUUCUACCAUCAUGAAGGGGCACAGGGAAAGGGGUGAGGGCCCUUUGUCUUGUGCAGAAAACCAGCCCUCUAUCACCAGGCAGCAAGAACGAAGGGAUGUGUACUCUUUGUUCAUCGUGGGCACCAAACCUUCUGCCAUCAUGAAGGAGAGCAGGCAAAGGGGCGAGAGCUCUUUGUCUUCCUCUUCUGAAGAUGAUGAGCCUUCUCCCACCAGGCAGCGAGUACGAAGGUUUGAGAGCCCUUCUUCUUCAUCCUCCAAAGACAAGCAGCCUUCUACUCCAAGGCGGAAGCAAGCAUGGAGGGGUGAGAGCCCUUCAUCGUCAUCUUCUGAAGAUGACCAGCAUUGUACCACCAGGCUGCGAGUACGAAGGUUUGAGAGCCCUUCCUUUUUAUCCUCUGAAGGCAAGCAGCCUACUACUCGGAAGCGGCAGCAAGCAUGGAGGGGUGAGAGCCCUUCAUCGUCAUCUUCUGAGGAUGACCAGCGUUCUACCUUAAGGCUGCAAGUACGAAGGGAUGUGAGCUCUCUGUUCAUCGUGGGCACCAAACCUUCUGCCAUCAUGAAGGAGAGCAGGCAAAGGGAAGAGAGCUCUUUGUCUUCCUCUUCUGAAGAGGAUGAGCCUUCUACCACCAGGCAGCGAGUACGAAGGUUUGAGAGCCCGUCCUCUUCAUCCUCCGAAGACAAGCACCCUACUACUCCAAGGCGGCAGCAAGCAUGGAGAGGUGAGAGCUCUUCGUCGUCAUCUUCUGAAGAUGACCAGCGUUGUACCACCAGGCUGCGAGUACGAAGGGAUGUGAGCUCUUUGUUCUUCGUAGGCACAAACAUGAAGGAGCGCAGGCGAAAGGGUGAGAGCCCUUUGUCUUGUGCAGAAAACACGCCCUCUACCACCAGUGCAAGAAAGGAGACGGAGAUCAUUGAAAGAGAAAAGCAGCAUUUGGAGGAGGAGGGUUUAAAAAGAGAAAGAGAGAGGUGUGAAAAGAUGAAGAGAAAGAACCAGGAGAAGGAGAGGAAAAUGUUUAGUCCGCGUUCAAGAAUGUACAUUUGGUGGCUCAGUUGCAAGAUAGACAACAUUGCCAGGGACAUCCAAUCGACCUUUGUGGAUGAGCGCUACCUCCUGCGUCAUGAUCCCCUCAGAAAUCCAGAGAAAAUGGCAGAAAAAGAACGGCUGCUUGACCGAAGGAGGGAGCUGGUCGUGUACAAACGCAGACAAGAAUUUAAGGUGGAGAGGGAAGUGAGGAAGCAAAGACUGAAGGUAGAGAGGAAGGAAAUAAAUGCGAAGAAGAUGGAGAAUAUCUCUGAGUUAUGGAGCAACUCAGAAUACCCAGCUCUGUUAAAUUUUCUCUACGGACCAAUGCCAAUCAGGUCACAUAUAUAUAUAAAUUAAGAUAAAAGUAGAGCAAUCAGAAAAAUGGCACCAAAUAGAGAGAGGUAAUUGAGGGAGACGGCAAACAUUUCAGAUUUGACAAAAUAGAAGUAAAGAAAAGUAAAAUAUUUUUUUAAACAUUAGCAACCACCAUCAAAUAUCCUUGUAACCACAUGAUAACACCCUAGAUGUUGGCUUUAAUUUAGUUAUACAGUCAAAGAGCAUUGUGCCAAUAACAGUGUCCUAACUUAGCGCCACCUGACCCAAUUUAAUUCAUCCUAACCUAGGCUAAUUUAACCAAGGUUAGCCCAACACCUAUCCUAAUUUAGCUUUGGUUAGGCUCUGGCAGAGACCUUAGGGUUAGGGUUAGACCCUAAAGACAGUAGAAAGAAGAAAGUAAGGCAAGAAUAGGUUGAAAAUAGUAAUAAAAACUUAUAAAAAAAAACAGUAGAAAGAAGGAAGGCAACACUAGGGCGACAAAAGUGAAAAAUUCAAAUAGCCUAAGUGACAAACUUUGUAAAUUAGCAGAAUAAAACUUUGAAAAAAAGAGACAAAAACUUUGAAGAAGGGCUCCCGGUUAGCUCAGUUGGUAGAGCGGGCGCA